AUGUCCUCCAUCGCAAACCUGACGUUCAAAGACAACCCGAAUCCCUUUCUCAACUGGUUCAACACCGCCACAUUCCGGCCCUUUAAGAGCGGGCACAGCGCUGAUGAUUUGGCAAAACUCUUGCUGGAGAAGUACCCACCAGGCCCCGGGUUUGUGCUGCAGGUGUGGUCGAGGUCGUAUCGGAAUGGGCAGGCGUCAGGCGGGGGAGGCCAAAGCCGCGUGUACGAGGUGUUUGAGGUGUCGUAUGAGGGACGCGUCUUUCUUACGGUGAUCGAGGGCGAGAGCGCCUUCAAAGGCACCGACUUCCCGGUCCUCGGGUCCCUCUGGGCCUCGCCAAAGGUGCAGCCCGCGUACAAAACCUUUGGCGCCAUCGUGCGCGGCCAAACGAUCAGCUUCUUCGAGAAGAACAGUCACAACUGCAUUCUCCCCUUGGGGUUCCGAGGGUAUGAUAAGCUGGAGUUCAGUCUGGAAAACGACAAGUUUGCAAUUGACCGCUUCUUGACGGAGAUCAAAGGCUGGGUGCUGAUGCCGGCGCAAGGCGCAAUGUCAAUCUUGGAAACGAAGAAUGCCUGGGCCCUCUGUCGAUAG